CAUUUACUGAUCCAGUAAAGCUUAUCCACAUGUGACAUGCUCAAACCAAACUUAACAAUAUUGCUAGCCACUUUGUUUCAGCUUUCUAAUUAAACAUCCUCCAUACCCAUACUUUCUAUAUCUUACUGCAACUUUACUAUCACCUUUAAUUUUAUCUGAUUUUCAGUAAUGGAGGUUGAAACAGUUGCAAAUAUGGGUUCAGAAUCAUCAAAUAAUUCAAAUUCCAGCCUAAAAAAAGUGUCAUUUUUUGCAUUAUUUUCAGCAGCUGAUAAUUUUGACUAUUUUUUGAUGUUUUUUGGAGCAUUGGGAGCUUGUGUUCAUGGGGCUGUACUUCCUAUCUUCUUUAUUCUAUUUGGUGGUAUGAUUGAUUCUUUGGGAAAAUUAUCAUCAGAUCCUCAUAAUAUGUCUACCCAUGUAGCAAAGUAUGCAUUGUACCUGGUUUACCUGGGAUUGGUAACGUUUGUAAGUUCAUGGAUAGGAGUUGCAUUAUGGAUGCAAACAGGGGAAAGGCAAACAGCUCGGCUGCGUUUGCAAUAUGUAGAGGCUGUUCUUAAAAAGGAUAUUAACUUUUUCGACACUGUAGCUCAAAAUAAAAACUUAGUUUUCCAUAUUUCUAGUGAUGCUAUACUAGUACAGGAUGCUAUUGGUGAUAAGAUAGGACAUAGCUUGCGCUACCUUUCACAAUUCGUUGUGGGGUUUCUACUAGGCUUCAUUACGGUUUGGAAGCUUUCCCUAGUUACCUUGGCUAUUGUUCCUUUGAUUGCAGUUGCUGGUGGAUUUUAUACUGUAAUCCUCUCAACUUUAUCACAAAAAGUUGAAGCUGCUUAUUCUGAAUCUGGCAAAAUUGCUGAAGAGGUAAUCUCACAAGUUCGUACAGUAUAUUCGUAUGUGGGGGAGAGUAGAGCUGUGGAAAGAUAUACUAGAUCACUUGAGAAAGUAGUAAAAUUUGGAAAAAGAAGUGGCAUUGCAAAAGGUUUAGGCAUUGGUUUCACUUAUGCACUUUUGUUAAGUUCAUGGGCUUUUCUUCUUUGGUAUGCCAGUAUACUUAUCAGGCACAAUGAAACUAAUGGAGGGAAAGCGUUUACUACCAUUCUCAACGUCAUCUUCAGCGGAUUUGGACUAGGCCAAGCGGCACCAAGUCUUGCUGCAGUAGCUAAAGGUCGGGCUGCUGUUGGAAAUAUAAUUAGCAUGAUUAAAACCAAUAAUGAUUCUUCGAAAAGGUUAGAUUCUGGAAUAACGUUACCAAAGAUUACUGGAGAAAUUGAGUUCCGCGAAGUCUCCUUUGCUUACCCUUCACGGACUAAUAUGAUCUUUGAAGGUCUGAGCUUCUAUAUUUCUUCUGGAAAGAGUUUUGCUGUCGUAGGCCCUAGUGGCUCGGGGAAAAGCACGAUUAUUUCCUUGGUUCAACGCUUCUAUGACCCUUCCUCCGGAAGCAUAUUCCUUGACGGGAAUGAUUUACGCAACUUACAAUUAAAAUGGUUUCGACAGCAAAUGGGAUUAGUUAAUCAAGAGCCAGUCUUAUUCGCGACAACCAUAGCAGAGAACAUUCGAUACGGCAGAGAAGAUGCAGGUAUACAGCAAGUUGUGGAAGCUGCUAAAGUUGCAAAUGCACAUUCUUUCAUUCAAUUAUUACCUGAUGGUUACCAUACCCAGGUUGGAGAAGGCGGAACUCAACUUUCUGGCGGACAAAAACAGCGCAUUGCCAUUGCGAGAGCUAUGAUACGAAAUCCUAAGAUAUUACUCCUGGAUGAAGCCACUAGUGCUCUUGACUCUGAGUCAGAGAUUUUAGUUCAGAAAGCAUUAGACGAGAUUACGUCCGACAGAACAACCAUCGUUGUUGCACAUCGAAUGUCCACUGUCCGACAUGUUGAUCAAAUUAUUGUUCUCAAUAAUGGAAGAGUUGUUGAAUCAGGAACUCAUGCACAGUUGAUAGAAAAAGAAGGAGAGUAUGCAACAUUAAUUAAACUACAAGGAACAGAAUAUGAACCUGAUAAAACAGCAAAAAGCUAUGAGAAAACUUCACAAAUCUCGAGCUUUUCUGCACACUCCAAUAAUGUUCCCUCCUUCAAAGGCUUGAGAUCAUAUUCUACUCGAGAUAAUCAAUUAUGUGAUGAUCGCAGUACAGAUGCAACAAAUGAAAAUCAUCCUAAGGCCUCCUUGAGAGAACUGAUAUUGCUCAAUGCAGUAGAGCUUCCCUAUACUAUUCUUGGGUCUGUUGGGGCUGCUUUGGUUGGAAUACAACCUCCUUUGUUCUCUUUUGGGAUCUCAUAUAUGUUAACAGCCUUCUAUUCUAACGAUGUUCCUAGGAUCAAGCAUGAGGUUCGCUUAGCUGCAUUCGUUUUCCUCGGGAUUGCUCUUAUUACAAUUCCUAUAUAUCUGUUGCAGCACUUCUUCUAUUCCUUGAUGGGAGAACGAGUUACCACUCGCAUACGCCUAAUGAUGUUUUCAGCUAUGCUGUCCAAUGAAAUCGGAUGGUUCGAUCAAGAAGAGAAUAGCGUUGGCUCAUUGACAUCAAAGCUUGCAGCAGAUGCAACAUUUGUUCGGACAACUCUUGUUGAUCGUCUAUCAACAAUUGUGCAGAAUACGUCCCUUCUUGCUGCAGCAUUUAUCUUGUCUUUUAGUUUAAGCUGGCGCAUAUCGGUUGUUACUCUUGCCAUGUUUCCCGUGCUAAUUGCUGGUUCUCUAGCUGAGCAACUAUUUCUCAAGGGUUUUGGAGGGGACUACAAUAGUGCAUACUAUAAGGCCAAUGCUCUGGCACGUGAAGCGAUCUCAAACAUUAGAACAGUUACAGCAUUUGGAAUUGAAGAACAGAUCUCAAAGCAGUUUUCAGCACACCUAGACUUGCCAAAUAAACAAGCGUUUCUACGAGGCCACAUAUCAGGGUUCGCGUAUGGCAUAUUAUUACUUUUUACGUUCAGUUUGUAUGGAUUGACCCUUUGGUAUGGUUCUGUUCUGAUCAAGCACGGGGAUGGUACAUUCGGUGAUAUUAUUAAGUCUUUCAUGAUCUUAAUCGCAUCGGCCUUUUCAAUAGCAGAAGCUCUUUCUCUGACACCUGAGAUUGUGAAAGGAUCCGAUGCACUAGGAUCCAUAUUUAGCAUUCUAAAAAGGAAAACAACAAUUGACUCUGAUGAUCCGAAAUCAACAGCAUUAACAAAUGUUAAAGGAGAUAUCGAGUUCAGAAAUAUAUACUUCAGCUACCCAUCAAGACGUGAAAUAAUUGUUCUCAAUGAUUUAAGCCUCAAGGUACCGACAGGAAGGAGCCUAGCUGUAGUAGGCCAGAGUGGAUCAGGGAAAAGCACGCUGAUUGCCCUCGUUAUGAGGUUUUACGAUCCAUCGUCUGGCACGGUUUUGAUUGAUGGGGUCGACAUUAGAAGUCUGAAUCUGAAAACUCUCAGACAAAACAUAGGACUAGUACAGCAAGAGCCAGCAUUAUUCUCUACCACAAUAUAUGAAAACAUACGGUAUGGAAAUGAGAGAGCAACUGAAAUUGAAAUAAUGAAGGCAGCUAAAGCAGCAAAUGCACAUGGGUUUAUAAGCCGACUGUCAGAUGGAUAUGACACUCGAGUGGGCGAAAAGGGGUCUCAAUUAUCUGGAGGCCAGAAGCAAAGAGUAGCCAUUGCUAGAGCUAUAUUGAAAAAUCCUUCUAUCCUGCUUUUAGACGAAGCGACCAGUGCACUUGAUACUUCAUCAGAAAAGCUCGUUCAAGAAGCCCUCGACAAACUAAUGCAUAGUAGGACAACCAUAAUCGUAGCACACAGGCUAUCAACUAUACGCGGUGCAGAUAGUAUUGCAGUCAUGAACCAAGGAAAAGUCUGUGAGAUGGGAAGCCAUGAAGGGCUUAUCCGUACCUAUGGGAGUAUAUAUGCUCAAUUAGUAAAUUUACAACAGGAAAAAAGUCAAUUGAUGUCUUGAACAUUUACGUUAUACAAAAUGAUAUCUUCCACACAUUUUUUGAGAAACAUUAUCUUAGGAUCCCCUCUAGCAAAAUUACAUUCUAUAGUGGUUGUUUUUCUUUUAAAAUCAAUUUGUAUAAUAAAUGAAAUUCAAUAAAUAAUCUUCAAACUUUAAUAUUGAGUUUGAUUGUUUGAGAUUAUUAGUAGUUACAUACAAUAACAAAAACAAUGCGUGAGCGUU